AUGCAGAGCGGCGACAAAGUCGAAAGGGGCAAAACUACAUUAGCUCUGUAUAAAUACGCACCAUUGUCUAGCUCGGAUUUCAGACUCCUGGUUGUGGAGGGAGGAAAAGCAGAUACUCCUAUUAUCACAAGCCUUCGAAGAACGAGUUACUUGCCAAGUCAGACAACUGGUAUCCUCUCAACUAUCUCCCGAAUUGACCUAAAUGACGAGGCUGCAAUGCUUUUGGACUGGGAUGCUAUCUCCUAUGCAUGGGAAGGCCAACAACCAUCAGAGACCAUACUUGUUGAUGGUCAAGAGCUUGGAGUUACGCCAAAUGUCAUGGGGAUUAUCAAGGAUCUCCGGAAGCUAGACCAAGGGCUGUGCUAUGGAUUGAUGCUAUAUGCAUUAAUUAAGCCGAUCAAGCCGAGAAAAAUUUUCAAGUCUCAAUAA